CAGCCCCACAGUGCCUGGACCAGCCCAGCCUCUCCUACCUCUACCUCCACAACCACAACCCCUCCUGGCCAGCCCCACAGUGCCCAGAUUUACCUGGCCUCCCCUACCCCCAUCCUCACAACCACGCACCCUCCCAGCCAGCCCCACAGCACUUGGACCAGCCUAGCCUCCCACAUCCCCGCAACCACCCCCCUUUCCAGCCAGCCCCACAGCACCCAGAUGGGCCUUGUCUCCCCUAAUAACACCCGCAUCCUCACAAUGGCCCACAGAGCCCAAACAGACCCAAGCUCCCCCAUCCCAGCAACCACCCAGUCUCUGAACACGGCCCAUAGCACCUGGCCAGGCCUCGCCCCCACCUCUCCCUCCUACAUAACCACCCAGCUUCCUAGCCAGACCCACAGCACCCGGAUGGGCCCAGCUCUCUCCCACUCCACAACCACCCAGCCUCAGGACAAGACCCACAGCGCCCAGAUGGGCCCUGCUCCCUCCCACCCCACAACCACCCAGCCUCAGGACGAGACCCACAGUGCCCAGAUGGGCCCAGCUCCCUCUGACCCCACAACCACCCAGCCUCAGGACGAGACCCACAGCGCCCAGAUGGGCCCAGCUCCCUCCCACCCCACAACCACCCAGCUUCAGGACAAGACCCAUAGCAUCCAGAUGGGCCCAGCUCCCUCCGACCCCACAACCAUCCAGCCUCAGGACGAGACCCAUAGCGCCCAGAUGGGCCCAGCUCCCUCCCACCCCACAACCACCCAGCCUCAGGACGAGACCCACAGCGCCCAGAUGGGCCCAGCUCCCUCCGACCCCACAACCACCCAGCCUCAGGACGAGACCCACAGCGCCCAGAUGGGCCCAGCUCCCUCCCACCCCACAACCACCCAGCCUCAGGACGAGACCCACAGCGCCUGGAUGGGCCCAGCUCCCUCCGACUCCACGACCACCCAGCCUCAGGACGAGACCCACAGCAUCCAGGUGGGCCCAGCUCCCUCCCACCCCACAACCACCCAGCCUCAGGACGAGACCCACAGCGCCCAGAUGGGCCCAGCCUCUCCCUCCCAGCCCCAGGGCGAGCCUCCUGGUACUCGGACACAGUACGCCAGCCCAGCAGUUAAUGGGACAGGUUGUGCCAAGACACCUGCAGCGCCCUGUCUCCCAGGCACCCCGGCUGCACAGACAGAUGCUGCCCCCAUGCCAGGCCAGCCUCAGGGAUCCGUCCUGGAGACGUCACAGCCUGCCACCCGCACCCUCCCAGCCACUGCCUUCCCCCCAACCAUGCCCUCAACCUGGGCCCUCCCUUCCCCGGCCACUGCUCCCCACACCACCACCCCUCGGGCCAGCACCCUCCCUGCUCCGCCCCUUGCCCAGAGGGCAGUGACUAUGGGGUGGGAGACAAGAGCCCCCAUACCGGCUGCAGGGCUGGGAGCAGUCAGGGGGGAGGGGGAUUGCCAGGAACCAGGCUACGAAUCCCCUCAGAUGCAGGAGCUGAUCCAGGUGGUGCGGGAGCUGCGGGGGGACCUGCGCGCCCUCGUCCAUAUCCAGCGGCAGGAGCGCCGCCAGCUGGGCACCAUUGCUGGCAGCCUGGCCGAGCUGGCAGGGGCUGUACGGCAGCUGGUAGGGGAGCUGCCCAGCCAGGUGCUUCGGGGGCAGAGCCAGCUCCCCUAUCCAGCGUGGCGUAGGCAAGGCCCUGCACCCCCUACUGACAGCCUUGCCUGAUACCUGCCUACCAAAGAGCCCCACUGAGAGACAGACCCCCUCAUCGGCCCGA